GGGCAAGGCGAGGACGCAGAACUCCCUUCCCUCUCUCUUCUCUCUGCCAAAACUUUAACAAUUCCUGAACACGGUGGAUGUGUCCUGUUAACUCUUCGCUCUGCUGGCUGACACACUUUCUGGUGUUCAUGCGGACCAGUGCGGCCAGGGAUUAGUCCGUGUUUAUUGGUGGGAGCUGUGCGGCUGACACGCGGAGGAGACCAUGUGGGUGACCUGGCCGGCGGUCGUCUCAGGCGUGCUCUGCCUGCUGAGCACGAUGCUGUCAUGUGAAGGAAGCCAGCUGUCCUCUGCUACAGGUGCCCGCUGCCCCGUGCUGCAGGUGGAGGACUGGAGGUUCCAGCCCGCUGAGCUCCAGAGCAACAUCACAGGUUUCAAUCUGGUGAGGAAGUUUGGGCUGCUGAAGGCCCCUGAGGUGAAGAAGAUCCGGAAUCCCAGAGGCCCAAUCAUCCUGAGGCUGGGAAACCUGCCUCUGAUCCGGCCCACUGAACAGGUGUUCCCCCGUGGACUGCCGGAGGAGUUCACACUGGUCAUCACUCUGCUGCUGAAGAAGAAGACAGCAAGAGAAAACGUCUACCUCUUCCAGAUCUCCGACCCCCAGGGGUACCCGCAGCUCUCUCUGGACCUGAACGGGCCGGACCGGACCCUGUCCCUGCGGGCACAGGCGCGGGAGCACCAGGGGGACGGGUUCGUGGGCUGCACGUUCAGCGGCGAGGGUGUGGCUUCGCUCUUCAACUUCCGCUGGCACAAGGUGGCCCUGAGCGUCCGGGCCGGCGCCGCCGCCCUCUAUGUGGACUGCAGCUCCAUCGAGACCAAGCCCCUGGACGACAGGCGGGUGGUGGAGCCUCACGGACACACCCUCCUGGGGAUCCGCGCCUCUGACGGGGCAGCGGCAGAGUUUGAUAUCCAGCAGAUGACGGUGUACUGUCACCCUGGCCUGGCCAUCCAGGAGUCGUGCUGUGAGAUUCCUGGCGCUCGGUGCCCCCCUGACACCCCAAAAAGCCGGCGUGCCGCAGAGAGCAGCCCGCGGUCCAACCUGGUGGAGGUGGUGCCACAGCCGGAGGGCAAGGUGUACACACGCUGCUUCUGUCUAGAGGAGGGGCCCGGGGACACACAGGUUCAAUCAGGGACGCAGGAUGCGGGAGACAAAUGUGCCCCUUGUGUCCAGGUGAACCAGGAGCAGAGAGACGAGAGCGCUCCCUACAGGAUCCAGGCUGAGAAAGGAGACCGGGGAGCUCCAGGGUUUCACGGCUCAAAAGGAGAGAAAGGAGAACGGGGUGCAGACUGUGUGGGAACUGAGGCUGGUUUCUCAGGCUCUUGUUCGGAGGGACCCAAGGGAGAGAAGGGAGCGAAGGGCGAAGUGGGUCCUGCUGGGAUUGGGGCACCAGGAUUCAAGGGCUCUAAGGGGGAGAAAGGCAAUAAAGGGGAUGGGGGCCAGCAGGGUGUGGCGGGGACCCCAGGGAAGGACGGCCGGCCGGGGGAGGUCUGCGUGGUUGGUCCCAAAGGUCAAAAAGGUCAGCCGGGGCCUGUGGGGCCAGAGGGGCUGGUGGGGGAGCCGGGGCCACCUGGUGUCCCAGGGCUGGCCGGAAUUGGGGUGCCUGGACCGCCGGGCAUCCCUGGAGGGCCUCCCGGAGGGAAAGGAGACAAGGGGGAUUCUGGGAUGCCUGGUCAAGAGGGUCAGCCUGGGGAUCCUGGGCCCAGGGGACCAGGGGGUCCUAAGGGAGAGAAGGGGGACCCCUGUGAAGUGUGCCCCGUCUUGCCGGACGGCCUGGAGAACACCGUGGCCCUGCAGGGGAAGCCAGGCCCCAAGGGAGAGCCAGGGGCCCCGGGCGGAGGAGAGCCAGGGCUGCCGGGAUCUCCUGGCCUCCAGGGAAUCAAAGGCGAUAAGGGGGAGUCAGGAUCCAGUGGGCUGAAGGGAGAGAAGGGUGAAUCAUGUGAGCUCUGCCCAACGCUCGGCCAGCUGCCUGCCAACCUGAUCAACGCGCAGGAGGCCAAACUGAAUAUGAAAGGCGAGCCGGGUGAGCCAGGAGCCACAGGUCUGUCAGGACAGAAAGGAGAAAAGGGCCACACCGGCGAGCGAGGACCAGAGGGCAGAACGGGCAAGACAGGACAGCGUGGCCUGGGUGGCCGUGAUGGAGAGAAGGGGGACAAGGGUGAUUCUGGAGUCCCAGGAAUCAAGGGGGAGUCAGGCUUCAAGGGAGAGAAGGGGGACUCCUGUGACCUGUGCCCAGCGCUGCCCGCAGAGGCUGGUGGCCCCCAGCCCACCAUCAGACUGGCAGGCCUGCCUGGGGAGAGGGGUGAGCCCGGGACGCCAGGGAUCGGAAAGCCAGGGGAGCCGGGUCGGCCUGGCAGUCCUGGACUGAAAGGAGAGAAGGGAAACCAGGGGCUCCAGGGUGAUCCGGGGACGGCGGGGUCUGCGGGGGUCCCAGGACUUUCAGGGGAACCCGGGAGGAGUGGCCUGCCAGGGCCCAAGGGGGAGAAGGGGGAUGCCUGUGAGAUGUGUCCAUCACUGCCAGAGGGCCUGAAGGAUACAGUGGGGAUCCCGGGACACAAGGGCGAGAGGGGGGAGCCUGGACUCCCGGGGACAGGAAUCCCUGGAAGACACGGUCAGCCUGGCCUCCCCGGAGCCACAGGGCCUCCUGGUCCCAAGGGCAGCCAGGGAGAUCCAGGAGUAGCAGGACAGGGGCUCCCAGGACCCCAGGGAGAGGACGGGCAGAGGGGUCCCCCCGGGAAGCAGGGUCCAGCAGGCAAGACCGGAGCCACGGGACCACGAGGGGUCAAAGGAGAGAAGGGCUCUGAAGGACCAGAAGGGCCUCCAGGGCCCCUGGGACCAGUGGGCAUCGGAGUGAUGGGGCCCCCGGGGAAGGAUGGCAUUCCUGGGAUACCUGGAGGGGAUGGACACCCGGGAACAAGUGGGCCCAAAGGAGACAAGGGAGAGCCGGGGGACUGCGGCUGCCAGCCCCCCACAUUCACCAACUCCGGCAGACCUGGUGCUCCUGGCACACUGGUCACUGGGAAUUUUUGGCAGCCUGGACCUCAGGGGCCCCCCGGACCUCCUGGCCCCCCCGGCCCCCCAGGUCCCCAGGGGUUCAUUGGGAUCCCCGGCCCUCAGGGUAUCCCUGGAAACGAUGGCUUACCGGGGAAACCGGGGCUUCCCGGGGAAGUACCACCCCUGGCGCUGAUCGGAGAAACGAAAAUCGAGGUACUGAAGCAGGGCCUCUGCAGAGACUGCUCCCAGGGCCUGCCCGGCGUGCCUGGCGUGAUCGGGAUGAAGGGAGAGAAGGGGGAGCAGGGGGAGCAGGGCCAGCCGGGAGCGGGAUCGAGCGACGGUUGUGAGAAGUGCUUUGAGAGGCUCCAGAAAGAAGAAGCCCGGGGUGACAACGGCAAUGGGGGUCCAGGGUGCCCCGGGGUGCCAGGUACCCCAGGGAUCCCCGGACAGCGAGGGGAGAAGGGAGAGCAGGGUGAAGAAGGAUCACAUGGUUCACAGGGCCCCAGGGGGUUCCCAGGUCCUCCAGGACCCAUGGGUCCUCCAGGUUUCCCUGGUUCUCCAGGUCCCUCCGGAUUACCUGGCCAGCAGGGAGAGCGUGGACUUCCUGGCCCUGCAGGAAUGAAGGGAGAACAGGGUCCCCCAGGGUCACCUGGAUACCCAGGAUCAAUGGGACCUCCUGGCUUGCAUGGCCUGAAGGGAGAGAGGGGGAACCCAGGGACAGUGGGACAGAAAGGGGAAUCGGGCCCUCCAGGCUCUCCGGGCUACCAGGGACCUGCCGGAUCGCCGGGCCCGAAGGGUGACCAUGGCGUCUCUGGGAAUCCAGGACUCAAAGGGGAUCAGGGUUUCCAGGGGCCACCGGGGUUUCCAGGACAACCGGGCCCCCCCGGAUUCCCUGGCAAGGCUGGUCCUGCUGGUCCUCAGGGGCCCCCGGCAGAGAAGGGCAGCGAGGGGCCACGGGGGGCCCAGGGCCCCAUGGGGCCCCCUGGCUCACCUGGGACACCUGGAAUGCAGGGGCCUCCAGGGAUUGAGGGCAUGGAUGGAAAGGAUGGCAAACCAGGGCCCAGGGGUGAACCUGGUCCAGUCGGUCCUAUUGGUCCCAGAGGUCUCCCAGGAUUCAAAGGAAAAACCGGACAUACUGGCUUUCCGGGACAGAAAGGAGACAUGGGACCCCAAGGUUCACCUGGAGCACCAGGACGGCCUGGCAUGGAGGGUGAUCCAGGGACCCCGGGACUACAGGGGCCAGCAGGACCCCCAGGGCAUUUAGGGGCAGCAGGGCCUAUGGGACCCCCAGGACCAGCAGGGCCGCCUGGACUGGGUGUGAAGGGGGAGAGAGGUCAGGCUGGAGAAAGAGGUCUUCCAGGGAUGGUUGGUCCUCCUGGGCCUCCUGGUCACCCAGGCCAGUCUGGAGAGCCGGGCAGUGAUGGCACUCCGGGGAAGGAUGGCGCUCCAGGACAGCCAGGGGAGAGGGGGCUGGCCGGGCAGAAGGGAGAGGCUGGCUCUCCGGGUUCGCAGGGCCCCGCUGGAGAGCGCGGACGGCCGGGGCUGCCCGGGGGAUCGGCGAAGAGCGACUCCAGCGGAAUCGGGCUGAUGGGGCCGGUGGGGCCCCGGGGAGAGAGAGGCAGCACAGGAGCCCCCGGUCCUGCCGGGCCACCGGGAAUGCCGGGAAUGCCAGGAACUGACGGAGUUGUAAACUACGACGAAGUCAAGAACUUUAUUCGGCAGCAAGUCAUGAAGAUCUUCGAUGAGCGCAUGGCCUACUACAUGUCCCGAGUGCAGCUCCCCGUGGAGAUGGUGUCCGCCCCCGGCCGGCCAGGUCCUCCCGGAAAGGACGGGAUGCCCGGAAGACAGGGGUCACCCGGAAUGCCAGGUAUUCCCGGACAGAUCGGCCGAGAGGGACGACAAGGCCCCCAAGGACCACCAGGUGUUCCAGGGAAUAAGGGUGAGAAAGGAGAUAAAGGAGUUGGGGAGAUGGGAGACAUUGGACCUCCUGGGGCUCCAGGUGUCCAAGGUCCUCCAGGUUAUGGGAAGAUGGGUCCCCCAGGUCCUGUGGGUCAGCAAGGGAUCCCCGGGGUGCCAGGUUCCCCAGGAACGCCCGGCUCUCCCGGGAAACAGGGACGCUGCAAUCCGUCCGACUGCAUGGGCAUGAUGCCCGUGGAGCAGUACCAGCCCAAGAGCAUGAAGGGACCUUUCCGCUAAGAGAGCAGAGAGUGCACGGGCCACGCCCCAUUGGGCUUUUUGAAAAACUCUUUUCUCUUUUCUUUUUUUUUUUGUUUGUAAGAAAUAAAGGUUCCUGGAGGAUCUUUUGAAACACACGCACGCAGGAAAAAAUCAAUUUCCAGCUCCAACCCCACCACCACCACAAUCCCUGCCACCACCGGUUCCACAUCAUCCCACAUCUGGACCCUCUCCCCUGCAGGUGGACAGCUGGACCGCUGGCAGGGUCAGGCAGUGGUCAAUAUUUACCCAGCAGAGGGUGAGGAAGCUCUCUCAGCUCUGCCUCUCGAAGGCCUCUUCCCCAUCUUGUACAGCAUUUUUUUUUGAAAGCAGGAGCAAAAUCUGUAUAUCGUCGGAAAUACUUGUUUGAUCGUCUCCUGGUGUUUGUACCGCCCCCGAGCUCACCGAUGAGUUUCACCCGUGUGUUCCAGUGGUGGAACUAGAGGACAUGUUGGGCUCAGCUAUCAGUCUGCAGUACAACACUGAAUGAAUUAUAACAGCAGUAAUAUCAGAACUAAUACUUUUCAAAAAUGUUUAAUCACCUAGUAGAACCUCAUGGUUUCGUUUGCGAUUCACGUUUUUGCUGAGAUGAGGAAAAACCUCUUGUGCAACAGCGCCUGAGCUUGCUGAUGCUGUGAUGAACCUCCCCUCCUUUUCAAGUUCAAGUGGACCGUGGAGACUCUUUCAAAGCCCAGAGGCUUACCAGGGUGGUUUUAAUCAGGCAUUUGGUCCCAUAUAAUCUGCUUCCUUUACAAUGGUGCUGUGUUUUCCUCCUCCGUUGUUUUAAACCACUAAUACCUUCAUGGUUACAAAGGGAAGCUUGGAGCCCCACAGUGCUGUCUCACCUUGAUGACAUCAUACCUGAUGCACAGAGGCAGAAGUGCGUUUCAUCUUUGGAGAAAGAGGCACGGCUGUGUCGCCAAGCACUUCUGUGUGCCAAAAGGCCUUGAUCUGGAGCUUGAUGAUACUGGUCUUCUGUGGCAGUGCCCUGGUGAACUCGAGGAUACCAGUCCAGUUGCGGGAAAGUGUGCUGUAUAUAUUAGUAUUUCUGUUGCUGAGCUGUUUCAUGAACAUUCUGACAAGUCAGCAGCCCGUUGCGAGUUCUUCAUUGGGUCCGUGCAUGUUUAAAUUCCCUGAUCGAGAAACAGCUCUGCCUUCAUAAGCUAUUGGGUUUCAGGUAUCAGGUGGAGGAAGUGUCUGAGCAAGUGAGAGGGGCAAACAGUAAACUUACAGCUUUUUACAUUUUUCUAUCCUAUGCUGUCGCAUAUGCCUUUACAAUUCUAGCAAUUGGCAAACCUGGAAAAAUUAGUAUGUAAUUCUAUAAUAAUAUAAAAAAGUUUCUGUUUUUUUGUGCGCACAUCGUAUUCUUUAUAAAAGAAACAUAAUCUUUUUUUGAUUUCAGUUCCUGGAAUUUUUUCCUAAGCUCUUUAAACACUGCUUCUUGUACUAUACCCAUUGGCUACAAUACAACACAACCAGUCUCACUGCCUUCCCUGGGUUUUAGAGCUAAAACAAACCAUCGAGCUUGUUGCUGUGCAGCACGGUGUCUAUUCCACCCCUCCAGCCCCGUCUUCACCGCCUCCACGAGUCACUGAGCAACAAGCGAGUUCUCCUGUAAAAGCCAUCAGUCUUGAGAUAUUUUUUAUGGAAACAAAUAAAUUUUUUAAGCAAACUUUGAA